GUUUUGCCUCUACGGCAUCUGCAGCAGUAGUGGACGCCUCAUCGACAGUGCUCAGCUGGUCGCCGUCAGCUGAACAGCGUCUUCGACAUGCCCAAGCGGAUGCUGCUGGAGUCUCUCACGGUUCAGGAGGAACAUUAACAUGGCGGGUGUCUGCUGCAGGUGGCGUGGGUGGCGGGCGCUGCUCUGCGUCACCCAGGUCCUCUCUGCUGGAAAUUGUGACCCAGACUGUCACGGCAAGAACCCUCUGGAUAAGGUGGCGGAUCCUCUGAAUUGCACUCAGUAUUAUAUGUGUUUGGGGGAGAACAUGCCCUCAGAUGAUACACUGCCUUGUCCGACUGGUACUUCCUUCGACGCAACUGCAACUCCUCCAGACUGUACUGGUACUGUGCCAUGUGACCCUCCCUGCAGGCUGCCACCAUGCGAUCUUACAUGCGACAGCAACUUGGACCCGAUCUCAGACCCAAGGAGCUGCAACAGCUACUACAUUUGCUCGGAAGAAAUCGUUAUUGGGCCCUUGGAAUGCCCCAGUGAUAAGCCUUUCUUCGACGGCGAGGCCUGUGGUGUGGACGACACCAAGUGCUGUGGGGACGUGUGUAUUGCCUACUGCUAUCCCGGCCAGAUAGAGGCACCCGAUCCCUACGACUGCCAUAAGUACUACUUGUGUCCAAAAGAGGGACUAGUGGAAGAGCAAAAUCAUUUUGACUGUCCAGCAGGAUCCAAUUUUGUCGUAACAGAGAGCAGUUGUUUAGAAGACGCUCCGUGUAACACCUUGUGUGGUGUCAACACAACCACCUCAUCCACCACAACCACACCAUUCACCACAUCGUACACUACUUCAACAUCUCACAGGAUAGUGAUACAACCACCGUAAAAAAUAAAUCACUAAAGUGGGUUGAACGCCCCCAAAUGCGGGCUUAAUUGACUGAAUCUAUUUAGACGCCCAAUUUAAAUUUCUAGAUCUCAACCUCCGAAACUUCUUUAAACAUAUUUUUUUACGCAUUACAAGCCUCUCCAUGAAGCGUUACAGGCAUAAAUAUUGUCUGACAAAUGAUUUAAUUAUUAAUUGAAACACAAAAAUAUAUAGUUUAGCUUUAACCUCUCUCAUACAGCUUAUCUAUAUCAAAGUUAAGUCCUUGAAGACAGUCAUUGCUAUGAUGAGGAAAUAUUAAGGUCAUACAGUGGGAUCGAACCCACGUCCCUGAGCUCUUUGGCACAUAGACUCAUCACAUUUUUGUGAUGUCAGAGUGUAUUACUCUGUGGUAAUGCUGUAUUGUUAUUAUGUUAUUUUUGUUGUAUUAUAUUAUUAUUGUGUUGUUAUGGUCAUGUGGUCUGUGUUAAAUAUAUGUUGUUAAAUAUUUUCUUUGCUCUUAAUCUCUGGUAAAUUAUACUUUUUAAUAUGUAAAAUAAGUCAAUACUUCUUAAUUUUGUACACUAAUGGAAUAAUUAAAUUUCAAAUUUUAGGAGAUUUUCAGUAAAAUGUAAUUUGCAUAUUUUUUUGCAUUGUUAUGCAUGGUGCAAGAAAUGGUUCGUUUACAGAGCGGUACCAUGCUACAUAAAGCUUUUUCGUGUCCA